AGAGCUGAAAGCAAAAAUAUCUUCUCUAUUGUUUUUUACUGUUAUUGUUUGUAUCGUAGCGGUGAUUCAGUAACGUCACAGCGUCGUGCAGUUAUUCCAUAGCGUCUCAUCGCGGAUCGGUUUCUUCUACCCUGUUCUACGCAAAUCUGUCAUCAAACCUACUUACAUAGAUAUAGAGAGGUAGGCUGCUCAACUUGCGAAGCUCGCGGUGUUGCGAUGUACAGCUUCCUGCCCUCCUCCGCCACGCGUGCGGAGCCGCUGGACUGGACACGGCUGCUCUCCUGCACACUUGCCGUUGUCAAGGCCGUGCCCACCGAGCAGGUGUCCAACGCGGUCGCCAUGAUGUACUCCUACGCGACGGCCUCGCCUACCGUCUUCACCAGCCUCACCCGCGGUGCGCGAGACGUGAAGGAGUACGUGGCCCUACUGACUGCUCUCGACGACGUGCUGAGUCAGUGGCCGCUGCGCCUGCGGCAGCUGUUUGCCCUUCCCCCCGUCGCAUUGGUGUCCGCCGGUGGCGGUGUCAACGGCAGUCUCGUGACGGUCCCGGUGAGCACUCCACGCGGGGAGGCCCUCGUGUUUCUGCUGAACGUGGCUGUCGGUCACUUGGAGAGCGGCCUCGAUUACUUGGCGCGUGUGCGGGCCGACACCGCCGCGGCGACGUCUGUCAGCACCCCGCAGGGCGGCUCGGUGGCGGCGCCGAAUCAAAAUGCCAAAAUUGCCGCCCAACACUUCCGGCAAGCGGUGGAGGUGCUGCGCUGGUCGGAGGCUCUCCACGCCGCGCCGGCCUCGCCCUCUGCGGUCACCCUGCAGCAGCUGCGCACUCAGCUGCCGCUGGAGGUGACGCAGGGAAUGGCGCUUCUCUGUGUCGCCGUGGCGAAGUACAUGUACGCCCUCUCCUCCGCCUCCACCAAGAACAAGCCGGAUGUGCUGGCGAAGCUGGCCUUUGAGGCCGCCCAGCUACCUCUGCCCACCUCGGUGCUCUCCACCAGCUCUCUGCAGCUGCUGCCCUCGCUCUUGUUGGCCGCCUACCACUAUCACGAGGCAACGUGGUACUACGCGCACGCGUCCGCGAAGGGGCCGGAGAUGGCAGAGGCGCUGGGGCACGUGCGCUACGCCGACACGCUACUCCGCACGUGCGAUGGCCAGUGGAGCCUGGAAGAGGUGCACAAGGAGGCGGAAUACGAGUCCCGUCAGUGGUGGGGUCGUCGGCUGGCCUCGCUGUUCUCCGGUGCGUCAGCGGGCAACGCAGUGAGGUAUCUUCGUACAGCGCAGCCGCAACGACCGCAGCUCAAUUUAGAACGUGCCGAGGACGCUGGUGACGACGACAGCGGCGCUGCGAGCCCCCUCAAGCCCGCCACUCAGUACCCACAUUUGCACGCUUUACUAUUCGGCGAGACGGCUACGCCAGCAAAGGCAGACGCUGAGACGAAGACGAGGGAGAGUGCGGUGGCGCCAGCGGACGUGGUGCAGGUCUACCCCUACGUGCGUCUUCUCCUGAGCGACGUCUGCGCGGUGUUGCAGCAGUACGAGAAGGAAAACCGCGUGGUGUACUUUGCGAAGGUCGCCUCGGCAGAUGAGGUGCGCCGCGAUGUGCCGGAUGUGGCGAGCACCGGUCCCAACGCGGGUGAGACGCAGGCAUCCGAGGAGUCCGUCUUCGAGUCGCGCACGCGCCUCUUCGCCUCCCUCCCUCCUCCCGCCUCCCUGCAGGCCGCCCUCGCCGUGCAAGAAGAGGUGGGUCAGGCCCAGCAGGCGCUAUCACGGGCGCUGCAGCGGGUGGAGAAGGAUGGGCAGCAGCUCGCCGCCUACGUGACGACCACCGCGGCCCUCGAGCAGGCCGUAGACGCGUUAGAGGCGCUCCUGCCGAAGGCGGACGGCUGGGCGAGCCCGAAGGCGGUGGUGGCUAUCGCGGUAGAUGCAGUGGAGGCGGCCUUCGAGACCUUCAAGAAGGUGGCGGCGGAGUGGCAGGAGGCACACGACGUAUACGUGGGCGAACGCUGUGUCCCUCCCGCCUCCGCCGCGGAAGCCGAGCGGGAAGUCGUCGCGUGGACGGAGCGUGCCACGUCGGCGCUGGCACAGUGGGCCUCCCUCCGCCUGCCCCCCACCGUCGACUCACGGACGGCCUUUGUGGAAGCACUCGUCCCGCGCAGCGCAGAGAUGUGGGCCUUUCUGGAGCAGGUGGAAGGGCUGAGCCGGGACGUGCGCGACGUCCUCGCGGCGGAGCCGGGCGUGGUGACGCAGGCGCAGGUGCAGUCCGCCGUCGAGGCACUGGAGAAGGUGAAGCUGCGAGGAACGGAGUUGAUGGCGGCGGCGGCGGUGGAGGGGAGCAGAGCGCGGAGUCGGCCGUCGGCGUCGGCGGCUGUCGAAAGGGGGAACGGUGCCGAGGCGGAGGCACUGUUGCGCGUGGCCCCGCAGUACGAGAGGGCGGAGGCGGCGGUGCUGGCCUUGGUGGACGUGCUGCAGGAGGCGCCGAUGGUCGUCGCGGAUAUGGAGCACUUCACGGCGCAGCUGACCGAGAUGCAGCGGCGGGCCGUCGUGCGACCGCUGGGCCGCGCGAGUGGCGUUCAGUUUCAUCCCCACCCCGACGACCGCAGCGGGACGGGUGUCGUUGCGGGAAGCGCGGUCAGCGCUGGUGAUGGUGGUCGACGUGAUGGUGAAGCGGCAUCAGCGAGCAACGCCAAACCCAACAAGCGUCGCGUCGCGGGUGUGACGGCGGCGACAGCGGCAAAAUCGGCGUCCAGCAAACCGACCAGCUCCUCCCGUAAACGAAGCCGAAAGGACUCCUCCCCCUCUGCCUCCUCGGCGGAUGGCAGUAUCGAGGACGAGAGCGACUUCGGCUCGGUCAGCUCCUCCCAGCUCGAAGACACGGCGGAGGUGGAGCCCACGCCGGCGGAUGGCGCAACGCGAGCUGCGGUGAGUGGCAGUCUGCUGAGUCGCAUGAAGGCGAACAAAGCGAAGCGGCAAGCUGAGCCUUCAGGGGCCGCGGCGGUGGAUGCUGCGCAGCCGGUGUCACCUCCACGGUCUCGCAAAGGCGCGUCUCCGGCGGUGACCGCCAAAAAGGCGACGAAGAAUGAGCGCAGCGGCCCAAAGGGUCGAGGUGGGCGCCGAAAGCUCUGA